AUGUCUGCCAGUAUACCAGAACCUAAUUUUCGUUGUACCAGAAGUAGAGGUGAAGGUGGGGUUAAUGAACGCAGAAUUAAACCGGAACCAGGAAGUAAAAUAAGGCAUGGAGUUGAAUCAGAACAACCCGAGACUAGUGAAUCUCGUAAUGGUGUUGCUGAUCGAAGAGUUCUACGUUCACAGUAUCUUGCUUUAAGGAAUAAGAUACAUGAUCAAAGAGAAGAUAUUUCGGAUGCCAAUUCUGAUAGGUUCAAAUCUAUAUUUAACCAAGUUGAAAACUUGCAUCAGAUGGUUACAAAGUCGAGAGAACAAGUUGCAGAUGCUGAGGCUCUAUUAGGCAUUGCCAACACCUUGGCGACGUCUGUUAAAGCACAGAAUAGUGAUGGUCUAACUCCAAAUGAUUUUAUUACCUGCAUGCUCCAAAACUUUGGGAAGCAAAAUGGUGGAAUGCGCGGUGAACAAGCCAGAUUAUAUUUUGGUUGGAAGGAUUUAGGUCUUGAUGUAUGUCAAAUCUUCAUGAAGGUUCGAGGAUGCAAUACGAUGGUUGGACCUAUGGAUGUUGAACUCAAGCAGAGGAAAACUGUUAGUCUGAGGAAGAGGACUAGGAAACCAACUAUGACUGAACGCCCUGAAAAUCUUAAUGACGCCGAAGAAGAGCAGACAACUGAUACUGACAGAAACAUGAUCACUAUGUAUGACAUCUUGAAGAAGAAUAAGAGAGUUAUGCAUGAUAAUUUACUUCUCAACAGAGUUUCUUUUGCACAGACGGUGGAGAAUUUAUUUGCUCUCUCGUUUUUGGUGAAAGAUGGUCGAGUUGGGAUAAUUGUUGAUUCAAAAGGUCGCCACUUUGUUACUCCAAAAAAUGGACCAACACCUGACCAAGUUGCCUCAGGGGUUGCUGCGUACAACCAUUUCGUUCUUCGACUUGAUUUCAAAGAUUGGAAGCUGAUGAAGGAUACAGUUACUAUUGGAGAGGAGCUUAUGCCGCAUCGAACUCCAGCAAAUAUCUCAAGUGAUACUCAAGGGGAAGUGAUCGGUGAAAGCAGUGAAGGUGCGACAGCUGGUAACCUAACAACACCGAUUAGGAAGUUAUCAAGGAACCGAAGUCCAAUCAAACAAGAAGAUUCAGUGAUAGAAGACUCACCGGAAAAUGUCAACUCUAACUUGAGUGAAGCUGCCAUACGAAAGGGUAAGCGCAAACUUCGAUGA